AUGGCGGAUUUUCUCACCAAGCAGCCGUACUCUCCUCCUUCAUGGGCUACUCAUCUUAGUCCGAUUCCUUCUCACAUCUUCUCCCUCGCUCACCUUCCUACUCCGAUCCAUCGAUGGAAUCUUCCUGGUCUUCCUGAAGGCACUGAACUUUGGAUCAAGCGCGAUGAUUUCACCGGAAUGGAAUUGACCGUCGAUCAACAAGCCGACACUGUAAUCACCAUCGGCGGCGUUCAGAGCAAUCACUGCCGUGCCACAGCCGUCGCAUCUAACUAUCUCAAUCUCAAUUCUCAUCUCAUUCUUCGCACCUCCAAGCUUCUUGCUGAUGAAGAUCCUGGGUUGGUUGGGAAUCUACUGGUUGAGCGUUUUGUUGGAGCUAAUGUUCAUCUUAUCUCUAAGGAAGAGUUUUCCUCCAUUGGGAGUGAGGCUCUUACUAAUACCUUGAAAGAGAAGCUGGAAAAAGAAGGAAGAAAGCCUUAUGUUAUUCCUAGGGGUGGAUCCAACUCUUUGGGAACUUGGGGUUAUAUCGAAGCAGCAAGGGAAAUUGAGGAGCAGCUACAAAGUAGAACUGACGGCCUCAAAUUUGAUGAUAUUGUGGUUGCAUGUGGCAGCGGUGGUACAAUUGCUGGUAUUUCAUUGGGAUCUUGGUUGGGAGCUUUAAAAGCCAAGGUUCAUGCUUUCUCGGUUUCCAAUGAUCCAGAUUACUUCUAUGACGUUUUCCAAGGCAUUCUGGAUGGACUUCAAGCUGGUGUUAACUCCCGUGAUAUUGUAAACAUCCACAAUGGCAAAGGAAAAGGAUAUGCGGUGAGCACGCCAGAGGAGCUUAAGUUUGUAAAGGAUGUAGCAUGUGCAACUGGUGUUAUUCUUGAUCCUCUUUACAGUGGUAAAGCUGCGUACGGUUUGAUAAAUGAGAUGACCAAAGAUCCCAAAAAUUGGGAAGGAAAGAAGAUAUUGUUUAUACACACCGGUGGGCUUUUAGGGUUGUAUGAUAAGGUUGAUCAAAUGGCUUCACUGAUGGGUAAUUGGUGUCGAAUGGAUGUUCAAGAAUCCGUCCCGAGAAAAGAUGGUGUUGGGAAAAUGUUCUAA